AUGAAGUUUCUACUUGUUGUCCUUCUGGUAUUUGUACUUGCUUCAUCUAGCUUGUGUGCUACAGAAUGUUCAACUUUCGACGUUGUUAGCUACGGUGCCACAGGGAAUGGCCAGACUGAUGAUACAAAGGCUUUCGCGAAAGCAUGGAAAGACGUGUGUGGUGCAACUCAUCAGACGGCAAAACUUGUCAUACCCCAGAAUAAAAUAUUCAUGUUGCAACCUCUGUCGCUUAAGGGUCCUUGCAAUCCAGCAACCAUUGAAGUUCGGCUUGAGGGGACUGUCAUAGCACCUAAAAGCAAUGGGGAUUGGAAAUUUUUGGACGAAAAAAAGAAAUGGAUAGAAUUUUCAGACAUAUCUGGUCUUGUGAUUGGGGGAGGAGGGCUGAUCGAUGGGCAAGGUGCUGCGUGGUGGAACUUUACCGAUGUCUCCGUUAAGCCCACUGCUCUACAUUUCCAUAACUGUAAAGAUGUAAUACUUAGAUCGAUGCAUCACAAGAACAGCCCCGGAAAUCAUAUAAGCAUAGACACGUGCAAUGGGUUAGAAAUAUCUCAUGUUCACAUCACUGCACCAAUGCAAAGUCCAAACACCGACGGGAUAGAUAUCUCUGGAUCAUCCAACAUCUUCAUACACUCUUCCAUCAUUCAAACCGGUGAUAACUGCAUCGCCAUAAACUCGGGUACUUCCUUCGUCAAUAUAAGUGAUAUUUUCUGUGGACCUGGCCACGGCAUCAGUGUUGGGAGUCUGGGACGUAAUGGAGAUGAUGCCAGAGUUGAGAAUAUACACGUGCGGAAUUGCACCUUCCUGGGAAGUACGAACGGAGUGAGAUUGAAGACAUGGAGGGGAGGUCGUGGUUAUGCGAGGAAGAUCGUAUUUGAAGAUAUUAAAGUUGUGGGAGUGAUGCGGCCGGUGAUUAUCAACCAGAAUUAUUUGGGAGUGGUUGACGCGAUAAGUGCAGUGAAAAUAAGUGACGUCAGUUUCCGGAACGUGAAGGGAACAACCGGGAGUGACAGUGCAGUGGAACUGAGAUGCGAUCCGUAUGUAGGCUGCAACGACAUCGUUUUGGAUCAUAUUUCCAUAGUGAAAGAAGACGGAGGUAAAGCAAAGGCAUCAUGCACAGGUGCACAAGGGACCUGCUUUCGCUGCAAUCCAAUCGUCCCUUGUCUUUCCGAUUCCCAUAUUAUCUAG